ACCAGGGGUGGGCGGGUGCCCCUCUGCCUCCUCGGGUUUCCCUUGGCCGAGGGGGACCCGUGUCCUCAUUGGCUGCUGCCGUUGCCGCGGCGACGGGAGGACGCGGCCUGCACUGAGGGAGGCCCCUGGGGAGCCAUGGCGGAGGCCGGGGCGCUGCUGACCAAGGAGCCCGCGCCGCAGGCGGUACCGGCCUCCCAGCUGCCCAUGAAGGCAGCCGAGGUGGCACUGAACACGGGGCCCCACUCCUCCUGCGGCCUGGCCACGGCCGGCUUCCGCACCGCCAAGUACCUGCCGCAGGAGUGGCACGAGCACAACCACGCCCGGGCCCAGGAGGCCUCCGUCGACUGCGAGCAGGCCGAGCGCUGCCGGCUCGAGGCCCGUGGCCUGGCCCAGUGCACCGCCGCCGCGGCCCAGCGCGCCCAGCAGGAGUCCACGGCCGCCCUGGGCCAGCGCCUGCAGGACAUUCACUUCUGGAAGGCCGAGCUGCAGAAGGAGAUAGAGCAGCUCAUCGCCGAGACCGGGCUGCUGGCGGCCCAGAAGGGGCGGCUGGAAAGGGCGCUCGACGCCACUGAGGUGCCCUACGCCAUCGCCACUGACAACCUGCAGUGUCGGGAGAGGCGGCAGCACCCGGACCUGGUUCGCGACCAGGUGGAGAUAGAGUUGCUGAAGGAAGCUGAACUUAUCAGAAAUAUCCAGGAACUUCUGAAGAGAACUUUGAUGCAAGCUGGUAACCAGAUGCGAUUAAAUCGAGAUCACAAAGAGGUUUGUGAAAUGGACUGGUCAGACAAAGUUGAAACGUACAACGUUGACGAUAAAUGUGGACGAUACAGUAACCAGAGUACCAACAUCCAGUUCCAUCCCGGCUCAGUGAAGUUUGAAGAGAGUGCCUCAACACCAGAGACAUGGGCAAAGUUCAGUCAUGACAACAUUUAUAGGGCAGAACGAGAAAAACUGGCUUCUAUCAAUCUUCGUGCCUUGAUUGACAAUAUUCUUCAUGAUGUAUCUGAGGACCUGCGGACGCAGUGUGCUGCUGUUAAUGAGGCUUUUGGCAAGCGCUGUGAGGAGUUGGAAGAGGCAAAACACAAACUAGAGUAUCAUUUGAAAAAUACACUUAAGGAGAUUGGAGAUCAGGAAGCUAACAUUGCUGCUCUCAAACAAGCUAUCAAGGACAAAGAAGCCCCAAUGAAAGUUGCUCAAACAAGGCUGUAUGACAGAUCUUUUAGGCCCAAUGUUGAGCUCUGCAGAGAUCCAGCACAAUUCAGGCUGAUCAGUGAAGCUGAAGAACUAACGGAGUCCGUUGAGUCUUUGAAGAAAAAACUACUAGAAUCUGAACAGUCUCUGAGGAACCUGGAAGACACACGGAUGAAUUUAGAGAAGGAAGUAGCUGUGAAAACAAACAGUAUUUUUAUUGAUAGGCAAAAAUGUAUGGCCCAUCGCACACGCUACCCUGUUGUUCUUAAAUUAGCAGGUUACCAGUAGUAAUCUUUGUACUACACAUGUAAAGUUUGGAAGAAAAGUGUAGUCUAGAAUCUUUCAUAUAAAAUACAUGGAUAAUUAUACAUAGAAAUACUGCAUUUGUUAUUCAUUUCCUUUAUUUGUGUUAAACUGUGUUAGUGCAAUGUGGCUGGCUUUGGGUCUUGCCUUUAAAAGUUCAUUCCACUGGGUGCAGAUGUUUACAGUCAGUUUAAAAGACUGUUUGAAAGGUGAAUUCAUUGCACCUAGAAUUUUAUUUGUAUCUUUAUCAUAUUUGCAUAAUUCACACAGUAUAUAUAUAUUUUUCCCUGUAAUGGGCUGGGUUUUUAAUAAUAUGUAUUGUGAAUAAUAAUGACAUAUAGAGAUACGGAUAUUGACAUGGAACAUUUCUAGCUUUCUGGUAUAUUCAGGCAGCCUGAAAUGAGAGCAAUAAAAGUUCUUGCCUGACAGUAGAUCACAUGAUUAGCAAGGAAACAGAGGGUAGACUUUUAAGCUGCUCAAACAUUAUUAGGAAAAAAAUAGUUUGCACAGGUUAGAUGACAAUCUGACUAUUGGCAAAAACACUCCCAGUCCAUGACACCUGCUUAUCUGAUCUAAAAAUGAGUCCAAGGAUUUUUAACUUUCAAAUCAAUUCAGUUUGGUUUUUUUUUCAGAAGAAAAAAACAUAAACAGCUUGUGAAUAGCAAUUAUGCCUUUCAACUUAAGCACUUGGUUAUUGAAUUGAGCUCUUGAUCUGUUCCAGCUCUUCCCUGGAUGCAAGGCAUGUGUUUGAACUAUUACUCAUAAUGGAGAACA